GACUUGAGUUCUCAGCAUCUGCCUGCAAUGGAGACUGCGGUGGUGCGCAACCGCUUAGCACCGUCGCAUAUGUCGCUUCCGCUCAGUGACUGUAGAGGAGCCACGUUCGCUAAAACUAUACAUGUGAAAACAUCUUCCAUCAGCGCUACACGAUCGAUUCAUUCCCAAUUCCAGAUCCAUCCGCAAAAGAGACUCCACACCCGACUAAGCAUCGAUUCGGGGCUUUCUUCGAGUGCUUCACUCCAUUCCAAUAUCUCAUCUCCAUCUUCCUGUGGCUGCACCGUGCUGUUUUCCAGGCACGAGGAAGGAGCAAUUGGUAGCAAUGGAACAACUAGGGAAUGGGCUAUGCAAGAUUUCUAUGCUUUAAGAAAAGAUGUUGAGCUGACCUCACGCCGUGUUGAAGAAAUUAGGGCAUCUGUGGGGCUGCAGCAACGUGAAGAAGACAUUGCAGCUCUAGAAGCUGCAGCGGCAGAUAGCUCUCUCUGGGAAGAUCCUGCCAGAGCUCAACAGACGCUUCAGGCUCUGACUGAUGCCAAAGAGAAAUUGAAACUUCUUGAUGGUUUCAUGACACAGGUUGGUGAUGCAGAAAUGAUAGUUAAGCUUACUGAGGAGAUGGAAUCCAUUGAUACAGGUCUUCUUGAUGAAGCUGCUGGCAUUCUUAAGGAAUUGAACAAAGCAUUGGAUAAAUUUGAGUUGACUCAGCUUCUCUCUGGUCCUUAUGAUAAAGAAGGUGCUGUUGUUACAGUUACAGCUGGCGCAGGGGGCACUGACGCACAGGAUUGGGCUGAGAUGCUUCUCAGAAUGUAUGUGAGAUGGGGAGAGAAGCAACGCUACAAAACAAAAGUAGUCGAGCAAUCACCUGGGGAGGAGGCUGGGAUUAAGUCAGCCACUAUCGAAUUUGAGGGUCGAUACGCAUAUGGUUAUUUGUCUGGAGAGAAAGGAACCCACCGUAUUGUGCGACAAUCCCCUUUCAAUGCUAAAGGCCUACGCCAGACAAGCUUCUCCGGUGUUGAGGUCAUGCCUCUUCUCCCUGAGGACUCAAGAGAUGUUGAAAUACCAGCCGAAGACUUGGAAAUCAGUUUCACCAGAGCAGGUGGGAAAGGAGGUCAAAAUGUAAACAAGGUUGAAACAGCCGUACGCAUCACACAUCUCCCCACUGGUGUAGCUGUCCGCUGUACAGAGGAGAGAACACAGCUAGCAAACAAGAUAAAGGCUAUGAGCCGAUUGAAAGCGAAGCUGUUAGUGAUAGCGGAGGAACAAAGAGCAUCUGAAAUAAAGCAAAUAAGAGGGGAUGCGGUGAAGGCGGAGUGGGGCCAACAAAUAAGGAACUAUGUGUUCCAUCCAUACAAGCUAGUGAAAGACGUUCGGACGGGCUGCGAAACCAGCGACAUCGGGUCUGUAAUGGAUGGAGAGUUGGAUCCCUUCAUCAAAUCCUUCCUCAAGCACAGGUACACCAAUUUCCUGUCCUCUGCUGGAGGCCAGAGUGAAUAGACUGUCUCUUGAUUCUCUUCUUGUUUGUGUAGCCACCUCUUUAUUAUUGCUAUAUACUUAGGUUCCCUUGCGCAGCUGAUCUGCAAGUUGAAAACUCACAACUACCGAUGUAUUUAUUUGAUCACGCAAUGGUCCAUUACAUCAUUUCAAAUGGUGUAACAUCGUGACACCAGU